AUGGAUUUGACCAAAUACACACAAUGUCUUUCUCAGUGGCCCGACCAUCUUGCGCCGGGCCUGCCUAGCAUCGGUGCGCUGCUGUUGCUGGGCAUUGGUGGCCUCGUUGUCGCAUCGAAGGUCUGGUCGUUCGUGCGAGUGCUGCUCAGCCUGUUUGUGCUUCCUGGAAAGCCGCUUCGCUCCUUCGGUCCCCCGGGAAGCUGGGCGGUCGUGACUGGCGCCUCCGACGGUCUCGGAAAGGAAUUCGCGCUGCAGUUGGCUCGCGCCAAGUUCAACGUGGUGCUGGUAUCGCGCACCGAAUCGAAGUUGGUCACGCUGGCCGAGGAAAUCUCCACCAAGUUCCCCAAUGUCGAAACCAAGAUUCUGGCGAUGGACUUCUCUCGCAACGCCGACGAGGACUUCCAGGCCCUGGGCGCUCUCGUCUCCGAUCUCGACGUGUCCAUCCUGAUCAACAAUGUCGGCCAAAGUCACUCGAUCCCCGUUCCCUUUGUGCAGACCUCGGCCAAGGAGAUGACAGACAUCAUUACCAUCAACUGCCACGGUACCCUGCGCGUCACUCAGCUCGUCGCCUCGGGCAUGAUGCAACGCCGUCGCGGUCUGAUCCUUACCAUGGGUUCCUUUGGCGGACUUCUUCCCACCCCUCUGCUGGCCACUUACUCUGGUAGCAAGGCCUUCCUUCAGCAAUGGUCGACCGCUCUCGGCUACGAGCUUGCUCCGUACAACAUCGAGGUGGAGCUGGUCCAGGCUUACUUGAUCACCUCUGCCAUGUCCAAGAUCCGCCGGGCGUCGGCGACCAUCCCCACCCCGCGAGCCUUUGUCCGGGCGGUGCUGUCCAAGAUCGGUCGCAGCGGUGGCACCUCUUCAUACGCAUACAGCUCCUCUCCCUACUGGAGCCACGGCAUCAUGGCUUGGUUCCUCACCUCGGUCACUUCUCCCUUCAACAAGUUCGUUGUUUCUCAGAAUGGCGCCAUGCACGUCGCCAUCCGCAAGCGUGCUUUGCGCAAGGCUGAGCGAGAGGCUCAGAAGAAGAGCACUUGA